AAUGACUCCAAAAAGCUUGAAACUAAUGGUGCUGACCAAAAACAGACUGUGCAUAGCCCUGUGCAGGGGCGGACUGACAACUCAUGGGGCCCCUGGGCAAUAGGGGAUCAUGGGGCCCCUGUGUCCUUGCCCAAACUCAAAAAUGCCUAUGAAAAAGGUACCAGGGGCAUCUCAUGGGGCCCCCUACUGACCCCGGGCCCUCGGCAGUGCCCGAGUUUCCAAAUGGUCAGUCCACCCCUGGU